AUGCCGGGAGAGGACCUGGCAGCUGUACCAAGGAAGGAGCUUAAUCACGUUCAAAGUGGCGGAGUUUCAGGCGGACCUUUGCAGAUGGAGCAGCUGCUCCCGAAGCAGGGUGCCACCGACUCCGGGGAGCAGCCAGCUGAUGUGCGCGGCAGCCAGGCAGGAGAAUUGAGACCCGAGAUGGGACAGGCAAGCGACGGAUGGUGUGUGAUGAACUUGGCAGGAGCCUCCGAUGAUGCCUGUAAGGACAGAAUUGAGCAGCAGCCGGGUCAGCCAGCCGAGAGCAAGGACUGGGACCAUGAAGAGUGGGAAGUUGUUUCGGAGCACCUCGCCUGGGGGGAGGCUGGCAAGAACGGCAGCAUGGAAGACGCCGACAGCAAGGAAUGGGAACAAGGGGAUUGUCCUGAUGGGGACUUGAAAGCAAAGAGAGUUGCAGCUGUGCCCCCCAUGUUUCAAAAUAUCCAUGUGACUUUCCGUGUGCACUACAUCACGCACUCUGAUGCUCAGCUCAUUGGUGUUACUGGUGACCACGAGUGUCUUGGCCAGUGGCACAGCUACGUUCCCCUCAAGUACGACAAGGAUGGCUUCUGGUCUGAAUCCGUUAGUCUGCCGGUAGACACCAAAGUAGAGUGGAAAUUUAUCUUGGUGGAGAAUGGGAAGGUCCGACGUUGGGAAGAAUGCGGGAAUAGGACCCUAGUGACUGAACAUGAAGAUCAAAUUGUUCAUCAGUGGUGGGGAUACCAUUAAUGAGAUUUUGGAAGCUGCUUACCUAAUGGCAAACCUGCUUAGAUUAAUCACAGGGCCCCUAAACUUCACCCCUUCUUCAGUAGGAGACCUUCUCAAGUGCAGAGCUCUGUAAGUCCCGUAUCAAACCUGGUUAAACCAUGUGAGCAGCAGAUCUUUGCCAUCUUCUUUAGGAAAUCCAUUUGGCAACCUGAGAAAUAAACUUCAAAUGCGUUCUGAAGAUGUGCAAGGUAGGCUACGAAGGCGUGAGCAGCAUUCCAAGCAGCUGCCUGUCCAGGUAAAUCUGGACCCUGGACUUGAGUUUGUGUUGCUUAGAGUGGGGCUAAGGAUGCAUCUUUGUACCGACUGCUUAGAGCUUUUGAAGCAUACUAGGAAGUGUGGUUA